AUGAAAAACAAAAGCAUUAAAGUUAAUGUAAAUCCAAUUAAUCUUAUUCUAGCUAAAUAUGGAAUUACUUCGAAUAAAUUGAGAAAGAUAGGAGCAGAUCAUGCUAGCAGGAUCCAUGGAG